AGACUAAACGGGAAAGGAGUGCGGCCGUCCAUCAGAGUAACCAAAAUAGAAGACUGAAACAGCGUUUCUGCAUUGCGAUCACAGAGUGGUGUGUUGCACCUGCUAUUUUACCCAAACCCGCAUCGGCGGAGAACAGACAGAUCAUUUCCUGGGUGUCAAAUCAUAUAGCAAGAUGUCAGAUAUCGGAGACUGGUUUAAAAACAUACCUUUCAUCACUCGAUACUGGUUCGCUGGCUCAAUAGCCGUGCCGCUGAUAGGAAAGCUGGGAUUAAUCAGUCCUAUGUAUCUUGUGUUAUGGCCGGAGGCAUUCUUUCAUAAAUUUCAGCUAUGGAGACCGAUAUCUGGAACAUUGUAUUUCCCAGUUGGCCCAGGGACAGGUUUUCUCUACCUGGUUAAUUUGUAUUUCCUGUACCAGUACUCCACCAGGCUUGAAACAGGAGCUUUUGAUGGAAGACCAGCAGAUUACAUAUUCAUGCUUCUGUUCAACUGGAUUUGUAUUGUUAUAACAGGGUUAAUGAUGGAUAUGCAGCUCCUGAUGAUCCCUUUGAUAAUGUCUGUUCUGUAUGUCUGGGCUCAGCUAAAUCGAGACAUGAUUGUAUCUUUCUGGUUUGGCACCAGAUUCAAGGCUUGUUAUCUCCCUUGGGUCAUUCUGGGAUUCAACUACAUCAUUGGUGGCUCCGUUGUCAACGAGCUGAUUGGAAAUCUAGUGGGCCAUCUUUACUUCUUUCUGAUGUUCAAAUACCCCAUGGAUCUGGGUGGCAGGUCAUUUCUUUCCACACCCCAGUUCCUCUAUAAUUGGUUUCCCAAUCGACGAGGUGGAGUUUCUGGAUUUGGUGUUCCCCCAAGCAGGAGACCUAUGCCUCAGGAACAGGCAGGAGGAGGAGGAGGAGGAGGUGGUGGUGGACGCUAUAACUGGGGUCAAGGUUUUCGGCUGGGGGACGACUGACCCCUUUUUCUCACAAGCCCAUGGAUAAAUGAACUUCUAACGUCAAUGCUGCAGAAUACGGAUUUUAUGUUUCGGAAUUUAUUUGUAUUUUUUUCUUCUGGUUCAUAAGAAGAGAAAUGUGAAGUGGUUUUUCAGCGUUGUUUUUUUUUUUUUUCGCUUUUGAUGUCAGGUCACACUGUGAUUUCAGUGUGCAAAUCUCUACAAAACUCUGCAAAUCACAAUGAUAGGAAGUUCAGAGGACUGGAUUAUUGUCUAUUGCCCACAAUAUAACCACAUUCAGUGUAUGCAGGCUUCAUAUUACUUCACACAGUUGAAAACAUAUGGUCUCCGUUGACAUGUAAUGUUUUGCCAUCUUAUUGGUUUCAAACCACUCACGUUGAUUGAUUAUUCAUCUCUAAAAUCAUCAGGUUAAUAUUGUUGUAACUUUUUCCCCUGAACAGUACAUGUGCUUUACAUUUGUAAAUGAACUGAACUAGCUGUCAGCCAGAACUUGCAGAUGAAAGUGCUGUGCAUGUUUUAAUUUAUUUGCUUCAUACAUGCAAGCCUUGAUAAAGGCUAUCAGUCAAUGCUUUUACAGCAUAACUGGUGUGCAGAAAUCAAAGUUCGUUUUUUAAUUGUUUGUACAUUGAAUGUUAUGUCUAUAUGGUUUCAGUGCUAAAGUUGAGUAUAAAUGUAGAUGCAAUAUAGUUUUGUGUCCCUCAACACACUGGUUUAGUAAAGGUGAAAACAUUUACAUUUAGUCAUUCAGCAGACGCUUUUAUCCAAAGCGACUUACUAAGGAGGUAACCAAUAGAAGCAAUUGGAAUAACAUAAGGACAAUGCAUAAGUGCAAUAAAAACUGGUCUCAGUUAGCCUACCACAGUAUACAAAACUAAGUACUUUUUUGAUAAAUGAAGAAAGCAUUUGAAUCCAGUUUCCUGGUUUAUGGUGGUGUGAUCUUGCCAUGAUGUCUUUUAUAAUAAUAACAGCGACUACUGUUCUAAAUAUGUGUUACUAAACUAAAUGAUCAGUUUACAUUCUACUGCUUUGAUUUUGUUAUUCAGUGCUCUUUCGAUAACUAAAGCAACAAAUAAAUUGUAAAGAGCAAGCGCUCACUAAUUUGACUACGCUUAUUUCGGUGUCUUGAGGGACACACUCCGGAUCCAGACGCCUUAAAAUUGUAUUGAAAUCUUGCAUUACAGCUUAAUUUUUCUUAAAGAAAAUUUGCAUCCUAACGUUUUGUCUGUUGAAAUUUAGCUUUGUCGUGGGCACAAUUGCUGUUUUGUGUAAACGAUGGGUCAAUCAGCAGUAUUUCAAUCAGUUGUUUUAUUGAGUUACAGCAGACUGGUUCUUAUAAAGAGCAAGCAGGAUUCCUGGUAGCAGUACAGUAUUCCGGAUACAUGUCUGAACGUGUCACUAAUGCAGCUGCAGGAAAAAGAAAUACACUGAAGCUAGCUGAAGCAGUUCACAGCGGAGUAGUGAAAAUGGAACUACACCUUGGAUACCAGAAAAGGCAACAUGUUAAAAGAUAAUUUUGUACUGUUACUGUAAUAUUGCCAACAAAUUAGCCUAUAACAACAAAUAAACAUAUGCUGUGCAUCACUGUAUUGUAUUAGUUUCGGUUUUGAUUACAUCCACCAUGUGGCACUGUCCCCUUGGCAAGAAAUAAGUAUGAGACUGCAGUCCAUAACAUCACCUCAUUUCUUGAAUGAGAUGGUUUUUGUAGAAGCACUGCUUUUACGUGUCCACUUGAAAUAUUAAGUGCCAUUGCAGAUCACGUUGUGUUCUCUUGGACUUUACAAUGCCAUCUUCGCCAGCAGGUGGAUUAGUUCUCUUCUCGGAUUCAGUCUCUUCUCACAAAAAGAAAACGUUUAAACAUUCCAUUAUAAGGGUUAGGGGAAAUGUCUUGGGACUCCUAAUAUAAAUGUAACAAAAGUCUCAUCUUCAAAAAGAUCUUACAAACCUGUCAAAGUACAGAAAAAAUAUUUACAAGGGCCCUAUUUUUAAAAAACAAACACUUAAUAACAUAGCAGUCUAACUUUGGCACUCCGUGGUCACUCAGUGUUUCACAGAAGCCCCCAGUCCAUCUUUUCUUUGAUACCGUCAGAGGCCAGACAUGAGAUCAUUGGUUCCAUGUGCAACAUUCCUUAAACAUCAGGCCCGUCAAGUUCAGUCAUAGCAGCCUGUUUACCUCUGCAAUAGAACAAGCAACAAAUGCCACUUGACACACAUACAUUAUAGAUGAAGGUCUGAUAGAAAAUCUAAAACUGACACGCCGCCCCCCUCCCAACACACGCCAAACAUCUCUCUCACUGCCAAGUUGUUUUAUAAAAGGCUAAAUUACAGACUGCCGACAUCCCAUGUGUCUUAGAGCCACAGCUGCUACGUUAUUAGAAGAGGCGGCUAUUACUUCAGGAAGACAAAUCUUUCACUCCUUCUCUAUUCAAAACAGCUAGUUUAAUACGUAGCCUAAGAGAAAUA